AUGGCAACAAUCAACAUUUCAGGAAUAGCCGUACCCCGCCUAUGCUUCGGAGUGGGAACCCUCAUGAAGUGGGCACCCGGCCACACUCACCCACUUCCUACGGACAGCAGCGUCGAAAUUCAACAAGCGAUUUACGCGGGCUUCCGCCACUUCAAUACUGGCGAUAUCUACACCAACAACGACAGCUUUGCGAAAGUCCUCCGCCACAGCAAUCUCAAACGCUCCGAGAUCUUCCUAUCCCUAAAGAUCAACACCUACGCAUUGUUAGGAUGUCGAGGGCGCGAUCACAUGAUCCAAGCCGUAAAGCAGGAGGUUGAGCGGUUUGGGAUAUUAGAAGGUUAUGUCGACAUUCUGCAGUUGCACUUCCCGCCCCGCGGUUACGCUGGGAACAUGACAAAUCGCGAGGCAUGGCGUGUGCUGGAAGAUCUCAAGGAUCAGGGAAUUGCUCGCAUUGUUGGCGUGUCGAAUUGGACCUUGCCCGAUUACCAUGACAUCUUCAACGCCAGAGACCUUAAGCACCCUCCGCAGCUGAACGAGUACGAAUUCAAUCCAUUCUUGCUGUCUGACCCCAAAUUUCGGCAACUCCGCGAGUUCGAAGUCAAGCACAAUGUUGUCGCAAUGAACUACGGGAUUUUGACAGCCGUUAACGGUCGCUUGGCUAGUCAAGAUAGCACAGCAUUGUUACAGAAGUUGGAAGAGCAGUCAAAGCAGACGAAGCUGUCCACAGCUGAUCUGCUGCUCAGCUGGGCAUACUACCGUCUUGGCGGCAUUCUCGUGACAUCUACAUCGAAGGCAGAUCGCGCUAAAAAGACCAUCGAGCUUCUUUCGGCUAAAGAUGCGCCAGUCGAUGGUCAGAUCUACGAGGAGAUUGAGAAGGCAGCAGCACUGGAUGGCCCCGAAGGUAAGGUAUUCUAUGGCCAUCCUCACAUGGAGAAAGCUCGCCAGGAGCAUAUGAGCGCUCAGAAGUAG